AAUAUACAUACAUUUCCUCCAAAAAAAAAAGUUUAACCUUUUAAUUUGAUUCAACAUGCAAUAUUGCAACAAGGUAGCUAGACCUGCCUGCGAUGUCUUCAUCAAUCACAGAGGCAUCGAUACAAAGAGGACGAUCGCUACAUUACUCUACGACUACCUUGGGCGGCGAAACCUACGACCUUUCCUGGAUAACAAGAAUAUGAAGCCUGGGGAUAAGCUGUUUGACAACAUAGACAGUGCCAUAAUGGGGUGUAAGAUAGGAGUUGCCGUGCUCUCGCCACGUUACUGUGAGUCCUACUUUUGCCUUCAUGAACUAGCCCUCCUUAUGGAGUCCAAAAAGAAGGUGAUUCCGAUAUUUUGUGAUAUCAAACCAUCACAGCUUUGUGUUGUGAACAAUGGACUCUGUCCGGAAAAGGAUAUAAGAAGAUUCAAGUGGGCUCUUGAGGAGGCUAAGUACACUGUAGGCCUCCCAUUCGACUCCACAAAAGGGAAUUGGACAGAGGUGAUCACAAGUACUUCGGAUAUUAUAAUCAAGAGCUUGAUUGAGAUCAACAAGGAAGAAAGGAUGCAGCGUCUACUGGGAAGACUUGAAUGGCGACAUGAUUAACAAGAACAAAUUUAAAUUCAUUCUCUUAAUUACUCAAUUGUAGUUAAUAAUUUUGAACAAAAAAAUAACUCAUUUUUUUUAUUCAUUUGUUAAAGAGUAACAUGAAAUCAUAAAUACAGUUGACGAAAAGCCAAUAAUACUUGAAAUAAUUCCUAGUUAACAUUGUAUAAAGGAUUCAAUAUUUGUCCAUGUAAUUGUUUUUUUCCUUAAAUGUAAUAAAAUUUCAGAAUAUUU